CUAGCUGGGCAAAAAGUUCCACCGCCCGGGUCUGGUAACUGGCGGGAUAUCAAAGACUGGCACAUCGGGCUGGGGACUCCGGGCAGAGGCACAUCGGGCUGGACUCCGGGCAGAGGCACAUUGGGCUGGACUCCGGGCAGAGGCACAUUGGGCUGGACUCCGGGCAGAGGCACAUCGGGCUGGACUCCGGGCAGAGGCACAUCGGGCUGGACUCCGGGCAGAGGCACAUCGGGAGAUUACACAGGGCAUCGGGCCCCCAGGCGGGGCGACAGGCAUCGGGCCCCCAAGCGGACAGCGGCGGGCGCGGGCGGGGCCCCAGGAGGGGCGACAGGCAUCGGGCCUCCAGGCGGGGCGACAGGCAUCGGGCCCCCCGGGCGGGGCGACAGGCAUCGGGCCCCCAAGCGGAGGCAUGGGGCGGGCGCCGGCCCCCCCAGGCGGAGCGACAGGCCCCCAGGCGGAGCGGCGGGCGCCGGACCCCCAGGUAGAGCGACAGGUCUCGGGCCCCCAGGCGGAGCGGCGGGCACCGAG